AUGCCGGAGAACGAGGCCGGAGUUCCUGAAGGACGUGAUGCGGUCCGAAAAUCACGCUCAGCGGCGAAAGGCUGGGUGACACGUGCAUCCAAUGCACUGAAGCGUGCAUGUAAGGAUGCACGUCAACCGUUUGGGAAGGAUGCCGUAAGUAAAGUGGCAAUAGAAAGCUGUAUCAAUGACUUCGAUCGAUAUUUGGUGUCAUUUGAGAAGGCCCAAUCGGAAGUUGAAAUGACAAUCGAAGAUGAGCUUGCACAAGAGCAAGACAUUGAUCAGGCCUUUGCUUUCAUAUCUGAGGCAAAGCAGUCUAGGCACGAGGCACAGAUUAUGUUGGAAGAGAUUGUGACCCGUAUGUCAAAGGGUCCAAAAUCGAAAGACAGUAAUGACGAUUUCGAUGACGGGGCAAGUUGUGCCUCGAACAGCUCCAUGGCGUCGAUGGGAAGGGUACGCCUUCCCAAGUUGGAACUGCCAACCUUUUCAGGGGUGAUAACGGAAUGGCAGUCAUUCUGGGACCAAUUCACCGCACUUGUCGAUGAAAACGAGAGUAUACCGGAGAUAAGCAAGUUCUCGUACCUCUCUUCGCUGCUCGAAGGUGAGGCUAAGUGUGUGAUAAAGGGUCUCCCAGUGACGGAGGAGAACUAUCACAUCGCAAGCAAGUUGCUAACGGAUCGGUAUGGAAGACGUGAAAGGAUUAUUUUCACACAUGUUCAGGCUUUGUUAAAUGCGUCUAUGCCUGGACACGGACAGGGUGGAAAGAUGGUUGGAAAUCGAGUUUCAGCACUUUGGCGGUUGCAGGACGAACUAUUGCUACACAUUCGCAGCCUCCAAGCCCUCGGUAUAGAGGGAUCGGAAUAUGGUUUCCUACUGACCCCCCUGAUUCUGUCACGCUUGCCUAAUGACAUACGUAUGGAGUGGGCACGGGAGAGUGACGGAAGGGAAGCGGAUUUGGAGUUCCUACUAGACUUCAUGAAGAGGGAGAUAAAUCGACGAGAGAGAUCGGAAACCUUUAAGGUUUUGACCAAGACUGACAAUGUUGGUACCCAGGGACAUGGGAUUGAUGCAACAGCUGACAUGGCUGAGGACAAGCAACGUGUGGCGACUGCAUCCGCCUUGCAGUCACCUAGUGUAGCCUCACAUUCUGGUGGUAAUUCAUGUGGUGUAUGUGGGAAAACCCACCAGACUGAGAAAUGCUGGGGAUUGUUAAACCUCCCAGUUUCAGAGAGACAUUCGAAGGUGCAGUCAUGUAAGUUGUGUUUCAGGUGCUUGGGUAAGUCACACUUUGCCAAGGGUUGUAUUGCACAAUGUUCAAAGUGUAAGGGUCGACACCAUGCCAUUUUGUGCAAUGGUGGUGGUGGUAGUGGUAAAGUGAACAAGGCUAGGCAAAGUGGUUCACCCUCUGUUAGCAAAACCCAGAGUGGUGAUAGUAAGGGGACAGGUAAAUCUAGUAGUAGUGAUACUGGGGUCAAGACACCUGAGAAGUCUAAGGGUCAGGAUACUGGUACGAUGAAAGCUAAUAUGCAUUCUAUUUCAGCAGGUAGCAGUGUUAAUUCAGGUAGUAGGGUGAACACUGUGCUACAGACAGCCAAGGUAAAGAUAGUGGGCAGGCAGGGCUGCACUGAGGCAACAUUGAUGUUUGACAGUGGGUCAGACAGGUCAUACAUCACCUCAUCAAUGGUAAAGAGAGUGAAACCGGAGUGGGUUGGCACAGAACCCAUUUCUUAUGCAGCCUUUGGGUGCAACACUCCUAGUGUGGAACGCCAGUGUAAUAUAUACAAUGUGCAUUUGAGUGGCAGCCACACAGGUUCAGGUGAGAACAUUUCUCUAAAUGUCGCCGAGGUACCAGUCAUUUGUAACCCAUUGGUGAGGCCCUUGGUCCCGUGCGAACUGCUGAACAUUCUCGGCUCUGACAUCCAGUUGGCUGACUCAGUCUCAGAGAACAGAGAGAUUACAGUGGAUAUCCUCGUCGGUUUAGAUCUUUAUUGGAAACUCAUGAAGCCACAGAGGUUCAGACAGGUUGGUGGGCUGGUUGCUCAGGAGUCGUGUUUUGGAUGGGUCUUAUCAGGUUCGUGGUCAGAUUCAGGUGGUGGAGUUCAGUCUGUUCAAUCAGGUGCUUGUUCAGUCUCCCCUCAGUUGAUGUGCUUGGGGAAUGUCGGUGACUCUGAUCUGCGUAGAUUCUGGGACUUGGAGUCCGUUGGGAUCUCUCUCACUGAACAGGAAACUUUGAACCCCAAAAUUGAUCCUGUUUUGAAGCAUUUUUCAGAGAACGUCCAGAAGAAUGGGAGCCGAUACCAGGUGGCGCUGCCUUGGAAAUCGGAAACAGCCAAGGGCAGACUGCUGAACAACGAGGCAAUGGCUUGGAAAAGGUUGAAGCAGCUGAACCGGCGAUUUGAUGGAGACCCUGAGCUGAAGCAAAGGUAUGACCAAGUAUUCCGUGAGUAUGAAUCUAGUGGUUUCAUAGUGGAGGUGCUGGCUCAUGAGAUGGAAAAUCCCAACCCCACAUUCUAUCUGCCUCAUCGGCCAGUCGUCCGUGAAGACAGCCUGACUACCAAGGUUAGGCCGGUGUUUGAUGCCUCGGCAUCAGGUUAUAAUGGGGUGUCCUUGAACGACUGUUUGGAGACUGGACCCUCAUUGCUUGCUAGUCUGGUAGAUAUCCUGAUUCGCUUCCGGCGAUGGCCUGUAGCGAUCACAGCAGAUGUGACGAAAGCUUUCCUACAGAUAGGAGUCCGACCCGAAGAUCAAGAUGUACAUCGUUUCCUAUGGGAUGAUGGUGGUAGGGUACGAGUCAUGAAGUUUGUCAGGGUCCCCUUUGGGAACAAAGCAAGCCCAUUCCUCCUGAAUGCGACGAUAAGACAUCACUUGGAUAGUUAUCCCCCCUCUGAAGUUGUACAGGAGUUGAAGGAUAAUUUUUAUAUGGAUGAUUUCCUUUCAGGUUGCGAUGAGGCUACCAGAGGGUGUGAGGUAUUCGAUGAGGCACAAGAGGUGAUGGGUGAAGCAGAGUUGACCUUUGCUAAGUGCACGUCCAACAACAAGGUGUUGGUGGACAAGUUUCGGAGCGACUUUGGUUCAAAGCAUGUGGACAGUGAGUCUGUAAAGGUACUGGGUAUGAGUUGGCUUUCCCGUGAGGAUUGCUUUGUGUUUGAGGGCAUUCCCCUUCCUCCCUCCGCAGAACUCAGUUGUACAAAGCGUGUUGUGUUGAGUUUCACUGCUCGACUCUUCGACCCCCUGGGGCUUCUUAGCCCUUUCAUCAUGAUGGCAAAGAUUCUUUUCCAAGAAAUCUGGCGCCUUGGGUUGGGUUGGGAUGAAGAGUUGCCCCCUGAGUUGAAGCUGCGUUUCAUCUCAUGGUUGGAUGGCAUUAGUGUCAUCAAACAGUGGAAAAUUCCCAGAUGUUACACAUCAGGUGGGCCUUGGAAGGGCAUUGUGGGUCUGGAGCUGCAUGCAUUUGGAGAUUCUUCGACCCUUGGAUAUGGAGCUUGUGUGUACCUUAGGAUUCCCAAGUCUGAUGGUACUUAUGAAGUAUCGCUGGUGUUUGCCAGGGCCAGGGUUGCCCCUGUCAAGCCUGUGUCCUUGCCCCGAUUGGAACUCAUAGCCAGCCUGUUGUGUGCUCGAAUUCUUGUGUUCACUCGCUCAGCCCUGAAGUUGCCAGAAGAUACGACGUAUCACUGUUAUUCAGAUUCUCAGGUUGCUCUAGCUUGGAUCAAGGGAGACCCCUGUCGAUGGAAAAGUUUUGUAGCGAACAGGGUUGGUGAGAUUCAACAGCUCACCUCGCCCUCUCACUGGUCACAUUGUCCAGGUCCUGAAAACCCAUCAGACCUGGUUACGCGAGGGUUAUCAGCCAAGAAAUUGAUCACUUCUGAGUCGUGGUUGCAUGGUCCUGUGUGGUUGGCGUCGUCUUCAGACUCGGUUGACUUGAUUGAGGAAGAUUCGGAAUUGGAGAAUUGUGAUGAAUCGGUCUCAAGUCUUCUAGUGCCUGUUGGUGGUGAAGUUGUGAAACAGGAACCGGCAAUCUCUCAGUUGUUUGACUUGAACAACUUGAAGUCCUAUCCAAGGACAAUUCGGCUUGUGGCUUUAGUGAUGAGGUUCUGUCACAACCUACGGUCUGCUGCUUGUGAUAGAAGGCUAGGACAGCUGUCUCAGGAUGAGAGGUCGAAGGCCCAGGUUCAGUUGUUCAGGUUGAUGCAGGAUGCUUCUUAUCACCGUGAGAUAGAAGCUCUGAGAAAGGGUAAACCCCUCCCAAGGGAUUCUGCUCACAAGGAGUUGGACCCCUUCUUGGAUAAGACUGGAUUGUUGAGAAUGAAGGGACGUCUCCAGUUUUCUGAGCUCAGUUAUGAUAGUAAACACCCAAUCAUUCUGCCCAAGGGACGAGUGUCCUACUUGCUGGUCAGAUUUCAGCAUUUCCUCAUGAAACAUGCUGGAGUCACCACUCUACUGACUGCCUUGAGGUCCAACUACUGGAUAGUAGGCCUGAGACAGUUGGCCAAACAUGUCUGUAAGGAAUGUGUUCCAUGCAGAAUAGUUGAGGCGAGGGCAUGUAAUCAAGUCAUGGCCCCCCUCCCCGGAUUUCGAGUAAAGGAUGCUCCUUGCUUCGCGGUCACUGGCCUUGACCAUGGUGGCCCAUUGUUUUGUAUAGAUUUUCCCAAGAAGAAAUUCUAUAUCCUGUUGUUCACUUGCGCGGUGGUCCGGGCUGUCCACCUUGAGCUCACAGACUCAUUGAACCUACCUGAUUGUAUCCUGGCGAUUCGGAGGUUUGCUGCUCGGAGGGGUCUCCCCUCUGAGUUCCAUUCUGAUAAUGCAGCCACGUUCACUGGGGCAGAUACUUUGUUGCCGCAGUAUUUUGGUCCCCAUAGUCCAAAGUGGAAUUUCCUCGCCCCAAGGUCCCCAUGGUGGGGAGGGUUCUGGGAGCGGCUUGUGGGUUCAGUGAAGCGGCCUCUGAGGAAAUCGCUGGGUAAGAAAUCACUGACUCGAUCAGAGCUUGAGACUACGUUGCAUGAGGUAGAGGCAAAUGUCAACUCGCGACCUUUGACCUUCGUUGGUGACAGUUUGGAUUCCCCAAACCCCUUGACACCUUCACACUUCCUCAUUGGUAGGCCCGCUGGAUUUCAAGUUGAGAUUGCGAAGGAUUCUCUCAAUAAUCCUGAGGUUGUGCUCGCGAAGGAUUUGGGUGCUCGAGAAGCAGUCCGUCAAGCUAGGCUGGAUGAUUUCUGGAAGGUGUGGAGCGAUGACUAUUUGAGAAACCUUCCCCCUGUGUCUAAGAAAUUUCAGGCUUCUUGCAAUGUGAAGGUUGGAUCAGUAGUGUUGAUCAGAGAGGAUCAUGUCCCUCGGAUGUCUUGGCCCCUAGCUGUGGUCACUGAGACCUUUCCUGGUAGGGAUGGCAUUGUGAGAAGUGUUCGCCUGAAGACUGCCACUGGGUUUCUCACUAGAUCUGUUCAGAGAUUACAUGACCUUGAAAUCAGUGCACCCCUGCCUAACCAAGAUUCUGAUGCUUCUGAAACCAAUAAUGUUGAUUUGAAUGAAUCCUUCAGUCAGGACCUUGUCGCUGACUUGAGAGGAAAUCUUGAUACUGAUGUUGACACUGAGGCAGUCUCUGUCGUUGAGACAAGCACAGAGACCCCCUCUAGGCCUAGUUGUGAAUCUGAUGAUAGCGUUGCUGUAGCGAAGACUACUAGAACUGGCCGGGUCGUUAGACCACGGGAUAGAUUGGAUCUGUGA